AGUCAGCGAGACGCGCAGCCAGCCGGCGGGGCCCCGCUGCGUCCCACCGCCGGCCGUGUGAGCUCCGUCCCAGUGGUGGUCAGUGUGACAGAGCCGUCCGUCCGUGCAGGAGGAGGAGCAGAGCGGCCUGCGAGCCGGCCGACCCCACACCGCAGCCAGGAUGAUCGACCCCAGCUCCUCGGAGGAGGAGGAGGAGGAGGAGGAGGAGCAGGAGAAGCCCAUGGUGGCCACGGCCGCCUCGGCGCUCGAGGUCACCCCCAACACCAACUCGCUGAGUCGGGGCGCCAGGUCCAUCUCCCCUGCCAGCGGUAUCUCAGCCGACACACUGAGUGUCGGCAACAGUACUCUGGGCAGUGGCAGUAUGAGCCGACACAACAGCAUCCCAGGCAGGCCGACUUCGCCGUCACCGUCCCAGGCCAGCGAGAAAACCGUCACCGAACACGAUCUCCAGGAUAAGCAGGAGCGGGAGGAGGAGGAGCGUAAGAAGCGACUCCAGCUGUACGUGUUCGUGCUGCGGUGUAUCUCCUACCCGUUCAACGCCAAGCAGCCCAACGACCUCACCAAACGCUACCAGAAGGUCACCAAACAGCAGCUCGAGGUCAUCCAGGGGAGGUUCCAGAGUUUUCUGCGCGGAGAGCUGCAGAUCGUGGCCGACGAGGCGUUCCAGAAUGCCAUCCACAGUUUCACGGAGGCGGUACUGCGCUCGGAGCGUCUGGCCAGGAUGGUCCAGUCGGGCGCCUGCUCGCAGCACGACCUCAAAGAGAUCUUCAAGAACAUGAUUGAGAAACGCGUCAGGUGUUUGCCGGAGAUCGAUGGCCUCAGUAAAGAGACGGUGCUUACGUCCUGGAUGGCCAAGUUCGACUGCAUCCUCAAAGUUCCGGGAGACGAGGAGCAGCGGAAGCCAUCCAGACUGCAGAACGCCGCCAACUCCGAGCUGAUCCUCAGCAAGGAGCAGCUGUACGACAUCUUCCAGAACAUUCUCGGCGUGAAAAAGUUCGAGCACCAGCUCCUGUACAACGCGCUACAGCUGGAUUCUGCCGACGAGCAAGCGGCCGCUAUCCGGCGCGAGCUGGACGGUCGGAUGCAAAAGGUGGCAGAAAUGGAGCGGAAUCGCCGUCUCAUGCCAAAGUUUGUUUUAAAAGAAAUGGAAUCGCUGUACAUCGAGGAGCAAAAAUCAGAGAUCAAUAAGCUGAUGGUGAAUUUGGAAUCUUUGCCAGUCUCUAAAGGCUCUACAGACUCAAAAUACGGCCUUCAGAAGCUAAAGAAGUACAAUCACAGAGUGGUGACGGCACGCCGGAAAGCCACGCGCCACGUGCAGCGCGGCGUGUUCUCAUGUCUGCUGCAGUGCUGCGGGCCGCGACACGUCGAUCUGCUCUCCGUGCUGGCCUAUUGCCAGCGUUUCUGCCCCUGCUGGAGGCGACUGCUGUCACAGGCUUCCAUUUCUAGGGCGGAGGGCGACAGUCUCGACGCGGACACGACGCUUUCCAAGAUGGACGUGGUGCUUUCAUUUACUCUGGAGGUAGUGGUAAUGGAGGUGCGUGGCCUCAAGUCGCUGGCUGCCAGCAAGAUCGUCUACUGUACCAUGGAGGUAGAGGGUGGCGAGAAGCUGCAGACCGACCAGGCGGAGGCUUCCAAACCCAUGUGGGACACCCAGGGCGACUUCACCACCACCCACCCGCUGCCCGCCGUCAAGGUGAAGCUCUACACCGAGGCGGCCGGCAUGCUCUCCCUCGACGACAAGGAGUUGGGCAAGGUGGUGCUGCACCCCACGCCCUUCACGUCCAAGAUGCCGGAGUGGCACAAAAUGACGGUGCCGAAGAAUGGGCAGGAUCAGGACCUGAAGAUCAAGAUCGCGUGUCGAAUGGACAAACCGCUCAACAUGAAACAUGGAGGUUACCUCUACUGUCUGGGCAAGACGUGCUGGAAGAAGUGGAAGCGGCGCUACUUUGUGCUGGUGCAGGUGUCGCAGUACACGUUCGCCAUGUGCACCUACCGGGAGAAGAAGUCGGAGCCCACCGAAAUGAUGCAGCUGGACGGCUACACGGUCGACUACAUGGAGCCAGCCAGCGCUCAACUCAUGGUUGGAAUGGACCUGGAGGGCGGACGGUUCUUCUUCAACGCCGUGCGCGAGGGUGACGGCAUUCUUUUCGCGUGUGAGGACGAGAACGAGUGUCACCUGUGGGUGAUGGCCAUGUACCGCGCCACCGGCCAGAGCCACAAGCCCACGCCGCCCGUCAUGUCGCAGGGAAAGAACACGACGCUCUCCAAACUGCAGGGAGAUGCUGACCGGGCGCGGAAGCACGGCAUGGACGAGUUCAUAUCGGCCGACCCGUGCAAGUUCGACCACGCCUCGCUGUUUCAGUUCCUCCAGGCGCUCACUCUGGACCACCGGCUCAACGAGCCCAUCGCCUCGCUGGGCUGGCUGAGUCCGGGCCAGGUGUUUGUGAUGGACGAGUACUGCGCCCGGUACGGCGUGCGCACCUGCUUCCGCCACCUGGCGUUCCUGCGCGACCUGCUGGCGCACAGCGAGAAGGGCACCAUGAUCGACCCCAUGCUGAUCCACUGCAGCUUCUCCUUCUGCGCCAGCCACGUGCACGGUAACAGCGUCCAGGAGGAUGGGAGCAUCAGCAUCGGGCCGGACGGCGUCGGCAGCGUCCUCCACGAGGAAAAGGACAAGUUCCAGGAAAUCAAGGAGCAGCUGGACAUGCUGCUCGAGAACCAGAUCGCUAACUUUAGGGUUUACUUCCCGUUCGGCCGGCCGGAGGGUGCGCUGAAGGCCACGCUGGCACUGCUCGAGUGCGUCCUCCACAAGGACAUGGUGAUGCCGCCCUCACAGGACGAGGUGCGCGGCGUCAUCAAAAAGUGCCUGGAGAACGCCGCGCUCGUCAACUACACCAAACUGUCGGCUGACACGCGGAUAGAAGAUGCCGGAUCAGGGGUGGCAGACGAGCUGACGGGCGAGGUGGUGGUGCCGCCCAGUAAGAAGUUAGAGGAUCUGACCCACCUGGCCGACCUGUGUGUCGACCUGCUGCAGCAGAACAACGAACAGUACUCAGAGGCCUUUCGAACGGACAAAGCGUUCGCGUGGUUCAGCGACCUGCUGGUGGAGCACGCCGAGAUCUUCUGGUCGCUGUUCGCCGUCGACAUGGACCAGGUGCUCUCGGAGCUGCCUCCGGACGCCUGGGACGCCUUCCCGCUGUUCCAGAUUCUCAACGACUACCUACGAACAGACGAUAAUCUGAAGAACGGUCGAUUCCACCAGCACCUGCGGGACACGUUCGCUCCAAUAGUGGUGCGCUACGUGGACCUCAUGGAGUCAUCAAUCGCCCAGUCUAUCCACAAGGGCUUCGAGCGCGAACGCUGGGAGCUCAAAGGGAACGGCUGUUCGACGUCGGAGGACCUGUUUUGGAAGCUGGACGCGCUGCAGGCGUUCAUCAGAGACCUGCACUGGCCCGACGCCGAGUUCGGCUCUCACCUGGAGCAGAGGCUCAAGAGGAUGGCCUGCGACAUGAUCGAGAGCUGUAUACAAAGGACCGAUCAGGCGUAUCAGCAGUGGCUCAAGAAGGGCGUCGGCUUCGUGUCCACUGACUACAUCGUGCCGACCGACAUGUGCGCCAUGAUUAACGUCAUCCUGGACGCCAAGAACCAGUCGCUCAAGCUAUGCGCUGUCGACGGAGUCGAUGUGCACCAGUAUCACACCAAGAUCGACGACCUGAUCGAGCGUACGCUCUCUGGCAUGGUGUCGGGUCUGGUGGCCAAGCUGGUCUCGGUGCUGGAGGCUGUCAUCGCCAAGCUGGGUCGCUACGACGAGGGCAGCUUGAUCGGCAGCAUCCUCAGCUUCACGUACAAGCAGAACGUAUCCGGAUCGGGUCGUGACCUGGGCCAGUCGUACGUGACCUUUACCAGAAACUGUAUGGACCAGAUCCGUCAGAAGGUCAGCGACGAGCUCUGGAUCCUCAAUGUGUUCGAGAUCUGGUACACGCAGCAGAUCCAGCUGCUGUGCACGUGGCUCUCAGACAGGCUCGACCGAUCUCUGCACCCCUAUCAAGUCAUGUGCCUGGCCCACAUCGUCAAGAAGUUGUACAGCGACUUCGAGCUACAAGGCGUGACGGAGGACAAGCUGAACAGCAAGACGUACCAGACCAUUCUGCAGAGGAUGCAGACGGAGGAGGCCACGUGCGCACUGCUCGAGGGCAGCCGCAGAGAUGAAGAGGAGUUCCCGGACGGCGCAGGGGACGAGGAGGACGGCAGUCGGGCGCGCGGACCCAGCCUCUCGGUGCGCGAGUCACUGGCGGCCGAGGACGGAAACGUGGCCGCUAAGGUGGCCAACGUCACUUCCAAUGUUGUGGGCAAGGUGGGCAAUAAGGUGGGUGGAGUGCUGGGCGGCUUCUCCAAGGGUCUGGGCGGCCUGGGCAGUCGACUGGGCGGCGCCGGGGGUGGCUUCUUCUGAGCACCGCCGUCCGUCCGUCCGGGGUCAACCAUAAUGCAGAGACGCUGACCCGGAGUCGGCGGCGGGCGCACGCCGCUGGGCCCGCUGUUCCAAAUCAACUUUGUGAUCAUGUGUGUCGCGUGCGUGCAAGUGCAGUCCGUGAGCGGUGGCGGCGGCCGCAGCGCGCUGGUUUUGUACCGACACAAUAUCUCGAUGUUCGGCGGCGGAGGUGAUCUUAUGACGUCACGGUUCGGUCCGAUGACGUCAGCGCGCGUCCAGUGACGCGCACGGUCCGUAGAGUUAGUCCCUCCUGAUCUCCGGUGUCCAGUGAAAGGAACCCACUUUCUCAUGCUCUAUUGUUCAUCUGGGCUUACCUUCUACAGUCUGCAUAAUCCUCUAAAAAGAAUGGCAGCUAAAUUCUAUCCACUGCUGACGCUGGCUCCUAUGAGCUUGCACGUUGAAUAUCCUGCCCUAGCCAUCCAAUAAUGAUACGCCAGCAGAAUGACAUUCCUACGGGGAUGGAACGAGAGUGGAGACAUUCCAUGACAUUAGCUAGAGGAUCGUUAUCAGAGGUGAUGCUCGCAUAUUCGCCGAGUCCAGUCAUCGAACGUGCUGACGAUGUUGAGGGCGCUUGUUGGCUGCUGCAGACAUUUACGCCUUGUUGGACUAUGGCGCAUUUUAGAGACUCGAUACAGAAUGAUUGGCGAUAUGCCCUAUCGCACAAUUAACAAUCUACGGAAAGUCCACAGGUGGAGGGGCGGAUGCUGUCCGUUGUUUCACUCGGCGAUAGCCCUGUUACGAGUGUGACUGCGGUUAGCCGUUUGAACGAUUUGCCCUAUUUUGCUGACAGGCAUCCAGUCUAUAUCUAGCCUCCGCUCUUUGGCGCCGUUCUCUGGCGUAGCUGCAUGACUUUUCUCGUCUACGGGAGUGAGCGACGUUAUUUGACGCGACUAUAGGGACGCUGGCGCGGCGUCCGCGGCGCGUUGGCGGCGGUUGCGGCGCGCGCGCGACGUUUGCCGGCGGCCGGGCGGCGGCGCCGUCGGUGGCCUUGGAUCGGAGCGAGGCGGCGCGAGUUCCCGUAGGGCUGUUGUAGGGUGGCGUCGGCUCCGGGCCGCCGCCGGGGCCGGUGACUUUGUACACAGUGUUAUGAUUUGCCUUACGAGCUCUGCCGAUAGCCGCCAUAGCUCCGGUCGCCGUUGUCUCGUGCCGUUUUGAACUCGCUACCAGCGGCCCAGAGAGCGAAGGAAGGCGGCCCGCCGGCUCGCCGCUCAUCUAACUGUGUGCUAUCAUGCUUUUCCAGCGGGCCAAAUUCCCAAAUAUAAUCAGACAUGUUA